AUGGCAUUCAGCUGUGUCGUUAGUGGUUCGUUUAACCAGAGUGAUCGUCAGCGAUUCACUUAUAGUAGGAAUGCUCAAUGUGUGGCUAAUUCUGCCUGCGCACUGGCUUGGAAGUUUCUUGGCAAAGAUUUCUCGACUUCAGCCAUUGAUACAAUUUUAAUUAGCGGAGAUGCUUUAUACAGAUCUCUUCGCAGCGAGGAUUGUGUUGGUGGUAAUCGAUUUUUGUUUCCUGACGAACUUCCAAGUGAGUUUGUUGUGGCAGAUCAUCAAGUUGCCAUUGCAGAAAUAAAGUAUGUGUACGAUGCACUGUACCCGCUUACUCGCGAUCUUUUGGACGUUAGUAUCUUUGAACUUUCUUGUGAGUUGGAAGUACUAAUGCUGAAUAAGUCCAAUCAAUUGGGGUUUUUAUUCACUGGAUUGAAUGUAACGGUCGGGUUUUGGAGAUGUCAAAACCGUCUGUUUUUAUUUGAUCCACAUGCUGUGAAUGAAGAGCGCCAACAUGAUUUUCUCAACGACUCUAACAACUUGGCAAGACUAUUUACCUGUGAAAGUUACUACUCUUUGGCGUCAUUGUUACUGUGCAAUACAGUUUUUGAUUAUAAUGUACGGCAGUUUUCUAUCACACAGAUUUCGUUUUGUUUGGUCGAUGGACCACUUUCAGCCAAUCUAAGCGUGUUGCACCUUUCGCAAUGUCCCAGUCCUGAUUUCCUCAAUGAAUGCACACACGAUCCCGAUCCUCACUGUCCAAGUCCUGACUUCUUUAACGAUUCUGUAAAUAGACCCAUUCCAGAGUGUCACAGUCCCGAUCCCAAACUGACAUCCCUCUACCCAAUUGUGGUAAUAUCACCUCUAAGAAAAAUAAAAUCCCUUCCUGAUCUCAAUACUACUGUUAAUGUUGGUGGACGGCCAAAAAAAUUAAAACGUGGUCGCCCCAAAAAUCUUUCCACCACUAGAGAGGAACAAGUACAAGCAGCUAAAAAGAAGUACGCGGAAACUCAUAAGGAAAAAAAUCUAUCCGAUUCUCAGCGUUACCGGGAAAAUAAUCCCGAGAAAAGGAAGGAGACUGCAAAACGUUACAGUCAAACACACCCCGAAGUCCACAGGGAAGCUGUACAGCGGUACAGCCAAACAAAUCCUGAGGUUAAUAGGGAGGCUGUUGGACGAUACAGUCAACAUAAUCCAGAUGCCUCUCGGCAAAGAGUUAGCAUUUUUCGGCUAAAAAAUCCUAUGCUUUCUGAGCUUCGUCAUUUACCAGCUGCACUUGCUAGACAUAUUUCUCAUGACGGUCCUAUGGGGUCUUGGCAAGGGGAGCUAUUGGACAAUAUUCCUGCUUUUAAUCUGAAAAAAGUUAGUCUGUGGGAUAAUUGUAUUUUCAAGUGUACUUACUGUGGUGCUCGACUUUUUGAAGAGGAAAAGUGUAGGAAGAAGUGGUGUUGUGGUCAAGGGGCAAACAACGUUCUUAACCUACAGCCUCUCCAAGAAUCGUUUUACUCAGAUCGCCGUUUUCUCGAUAGGGCUCGUGCUUACAACGACCUGUUUGCGUUUUGUGCAUUGGAAGUAUCCGGUGGGUACAGGCACCCAAGUGGUCUUUCUUUUUUCAAAAUUGAAGGGAGAAUGUAUCACCAGGUUUACAGUCUGUCUGACCCUGGUCAAAAGUUUACAACUAAAGCUGGAGACAUUCAGUUAGUAAACCGGUCUCGUCUGUACCUCGAUGACGGCGAAGAACGUCGAAAUAUUGCCUUGGGUAGAUCGCUUGAUGGUAAUGUUAUCGACUCUAUUACUCAGUUUCUAUCACAAGUAAAUCCAUACGUUGUUCAUUAUCGGCGUUUGGGCAGUGAACCAGCUGUCAACGCUCACUUGGAUUUCCAAGUAACAAGUCGAUCUACCCAUGGUCCUGUUUUAGGUGACAGGCACACAGGCGUUGAGGUGCACGCAGUUCUAAGCACCGAGGAAACUGUUUACGAGCCUCGCAAGCUAACUAUAUGGAAAAAUGGAUCUGGAAGACCAACUUCAAUAAAUUUGUUCAGCCCUCUCAUGGAACCAUUUCAAUAUCCUCUGCUCUAUCCACAUGGCACUUUGGGCUGGCACAUAGGACGCCUGAACAAUUUUAAUAACAAAUUGUCUCAGUACGAUUAUUCACGUUGUCUUUUACUAUCAGAUCCCCGGUUUUCACAUCUCGGCCGGCUGUCCCAAGCUUGGCAGGUGGAAAUGUAUGCAAGAUACGAGGAUGAAAGGCUUAAUUUCAUUAAGUUCUCGCAGACUAAGUCGGCAGAAAAUGCCAUGAGGAUAGGGCCGUUGGAUGAAGUUGAGGCGGUGAAUCGUGGCGGACGUCAAGUGGUGAACGAUAUUAACAAUGAUGAAACUGUUCAAGGGGAGGGUGGAAUACAAGCUGGUAAAGUUUACCUCCCAAGUUCAUUCACAGGGGGGCCGAGGUAUAUGAAAUUACGUUACGAAAAUGCUAUGGCUUUAGUAUCUCGCCUCGGCUUUCCUACGUUUUUCCUUACAUUUACCUACAGUGCAACUUGGGAGGAAAACAAAAAGGCUUGCCCUCGAAGCAGCGGUCGCAGUGAUCCCAGCACCGCCUGCAGAGUGUUCUACAUCAAACUUCUGGAACUCCUCCGAGAUCUACGCAGCGGAGCUAUGUUCGGUCGUUCUGUUUACAUAGUCCACGUCAUCGAGAUGCAGAUGCGGGGUCUUCCACAUGCCCACAUCGUGUUUAAAAUCGAAGGCGAUGGCCCUGUUCAGGCUGCUGACAUAGACUCCCUCAUUCGCGCUGAUAUUCCAUCUCCGGAGGAGGCAGGAGGUCGAUUAAGGGCGUUGGUUCUGCGGCACAUGAUUCACGGGCCUUGUGGUACAGAUCACAGAACCGACUUCCCUUGCUGGGACACCGACAAAGGUAGCUGCUCUAAAUUCUUCCCCAAACCUCCCUGUGAAUCAACCCAUGUAGACGAGAGGGGUUUUGUAAAAUAUCGGCGUGAUUAUGGUAAUGAGGGGAGUAUAACUUCAAGAAACAGAUCGAUUCCUGUGCAUGACGGCUGGGUUGUACCGUAUAACUCAGCAUUGCUUCUAAAAUAUGAGGCACACAUCAACUUAGAGGUAGCUUCCACUCGACGAGUGAUUAAGUAUCUAUUUAAAUAUCUAAUGAAGGGUGGCUCGCUUCAGAACGUCAAAGUUACUCCUUUGAGUAAACAAGACGAUGAAGUCGAGCACUAUGUGACUAAGCGUAUGGUGGGAGCCAGUGAUGCAUGCUGGCGUCUCUUGGAUUUCCCAAUAUCAAAGUCUGAGCCCACCGUUGAAUGUCUCCCUGUUCAUCUAGAGGGAAAACAGAAUGUGUGUUUUCGACCUAACAACUUGACACACGCCACUUCUGGAGCUACCUCUGACUUGAUCUUUUAUUUCAAUAGGCCUCGUGACCCAAUGUUUGACAAUUUGACGUACCAGUGUUUUUUUGAACAAUACAUUGUUCACAGCAAACGUCCAAGUAGUGCUGAGGUUUACGAACAUCCAGACGGUAAGCACUUCUUAACUUCCAGAAAACGUGGCCAAAAGAUCUGUCGACUCUUCUGGGUUUCACCAAACAGGAGUGAGCAAUAUUUUCUUCGGCUGCUGCUCAUGAUCAUACCAUGCCGUGGUUACGCCGAUCUGCUCACUCGAGGUGGUGAUGGUUGCACUACAUUCCAACAAGUAGCACGCACCCUCGGUUUGGUUGAAGAUGAGGACGAGUACCACCAGGCACUGAAGGAAGCUGCUCGAUUUAUGGUCGGCCCGAGGCUCCGCUCUUUCUUUGUUCUACUUUGUAACAUGGGAGCUCCCGCGGCCCUCUUGUGGGAUGCUUUCCGGGAUACAUUGUGUGAGGACCAUUUGGAGCGGAAUCCUCUUGAUCACGACGUUGCUUUCAAGCUGGGUCUGAUUGAAAUCGAUCGAAGUCUUCGCCGUCAGGGGUCCUGCUUGGCCGACCACGGUCUGCCCAUUGUAGAUGACGACACGACCGAAUUGGGUAGGAAACUACUCAUCUACGGUGAGAAUCAACAGAGAUCACUAGUAGAUGAGUGGGAACCAAAGCUUUCCAACGACCAGAGAGUGGUGUUUGAUUAUGUAAGAUCGAUAUUACAUGGCCAGGUUGGUAGUCGGUCCAUAAAACUUAUCUUCCUCGACGGACCUGGCGGCUACGGCAAGACCUUCUUAAUUCAUGUGAUCCUCGCAUACGUUCGUAGUCUUAACAGGGUUGCUAUUGCUGUCGCUAGCUCCGGCAUUGCUGCUGGUAGUCUGCCUGGUGGCACGACAGCACACAGUAUGUUUAGGCUGCCACUUGAUCUCGGCGAUGGCACUGGGUAUUGGAACUUGACCAACGGAUCUCAGCGUGCAGAACUCAUCAGAGCAGCCCAGCUCAUAGUUUUUGAUGAGGCCCCGAUGGCUCACCGGUACAUUUUUGAAAUCAUCGACAGAUCUCUGCGUGACCUUAUGAAUUCACCUGAGCCAUUUGGGAACAAGAUCUUCCUCUGCUGCGGAGAUUUCCGUCAGAUCGCACCAGUUGUAGCUAAAGCUCGUACUCCAGCAGACAUUGCUUGUGUAUCACUGUGUGCGUCAUCUCUGUGGUCAAGCUUCAAAAUCUUUUCCCUGUCCACCCCUCACAGAACUUCUGGCUCCACUGCGUACUCUGAGUUUCUCCUUAAAGUAGGCAAUGGAACAAUUAGAUCUGUUGAUUUUGAAGAAGGCCGUGGCUGCUCAAGUCUGAUUCCUUUGAGCGGUAUUAGAUAUGUGACAUCACUACACGAUUUAGUUGACUUUGUAUUCCCCGUUUGUGACCUGAGCCAUACAGAUAGAAUCGCUGGCCGGGCUAUUCUUUCAACCAUGAACGCCAAUGUCCAGCAGAUCAACAACACUGUUCUCAACCUGACGGACGGCUUCGUUCAUGAGUUGAGAAGUGCUGAUUCUGUGGACAAGGAGAACGACGAUGGUAUGGAUGUAGACGUUCACUUGUUGAACCAGGCUACUGGCAAGGGCGUGCCAGACCAUGUCCUGCGACUAAAGAUUGGCUCCAUGUGUCUCGUCAUGAGGAACCUGAACAUUGACAGCGGACUUGUUAACGGCACUAAAGUGAUCGUGACCGCUAUUAGACCUCGUCUGAUCACAGUGCGACUUCCUGGACAACGCGAUCCGAUUUGUAUUCCCCGGAUUCAAUUCGUUUUCCCGUUUGUCGAGGGGUCUCCGCUUCGCGUCCGCCGUCUUCAGUUUCCUCUCAUGUUGGCCUAUUCCAUGACUGGCCACAAAAGCCAGGGCCAGACGAUUGAUCGUGUCGGAGUCGAUCUUCGCAGUGACUGUUUCACGCAUGGUCAACUGUACGUCCUUCUCAGUAGAGUCAGACAUCCUGACGACAUCGUUGUUCUGGUCCAUCCUGACAGGGUCCACGAAGGAGUUGCCUAUGCAAAGAACAUUGUAUACGACGAGCUCCUUCGUUAA